UGGAGAGACGGGGAGAUCUGGGGAGAUCUGGGGAGAUAUGGGGAGAUAUGGAUCCGCAUUCCGCAUCUAGGGGUGGCGAGUGCAUGCGCGCGCGAGGGCGAGCCGGCGCGGGCCGCCGCUGGCUAUGCGGUCGUCGUUCGUGCGGGGCGCGCGGAGCUCACGCAGUGCACCGUCCAGUCGGCGCUGUCCGGCGGCUGCUUCGUGAGCGCGGCGGCGUCUGCGGCGCUUCGCGGCUGCCACUUCGGCGCGGCGGCGAUGCACGGCGUGUUGGUGCACUCCACUGCCUCUGCACUUCCACCGCCACUGCCACAUCCACCCCCACUGCACCUCCACCGCCACUGCACCUCCACCGCCACUGCCACCUCCACCGCCACUGCACCUCCACCGCCGCUGACACUGCAGUCGCUUUGGUCUCUUGAACUCUGUCCCCACGGAGAUUCGGUGAAACUCGCGUCUCAGUCUUCAAGUGGUCUCCUCGCGCUCGGCCGCAGCUCGCUGCGCGUCGACGCGUGCGCCGUCUCGCGCAACGCAAUGGCCGGCGUCAGCGCGCGCGGCAGCGGCCGCGUGGUGGUCGCCGACAGCGCCGUCACCUCCGGGCGCGCGAGCGGAGUGCACAUCUCGGAGGACGCCUCAGCGACGGUAGAGCACUGCCGGGUGGAGGCGAACGGGCUGUGCGGCGUCGAGCUGAGCGGCAGCGCUGCGACGCUCGUCGCGCGCCGAAACGUCGUCCGCGGCAACGGAGGCGAGGCGUUCGCCCUGCCGUCGCCGCAGUGUGGUGGCUGCGUGCAGCUGGAGGGCAAUGACUUGGGGUGAGAGGUCGAGCCGCUUCGAAUUGAAAGACUUAGG